AGCACUUCCAAGCUCCUUGUUGUCUUAGAGUACUUCCAGAGCCUGUGUUGUCUUCAGAGAGUACUCCACAAGCUCCUUGUUGUCUUAGAGUACUUCCACGAGCCCCUGUGUUGUCUUAGAAGUACUGCCACAGGUGCCGCUUGUGUUGUCCAAGAGUACUUCCACAACUCCCUGUGUUGUCCAAGAGUACUUCCACAACCUCCUGUGUUGUCCAAGAGUCCUUCCACAACCUCCUGUGUUGGCCAAGACAGCACCACCAGCUGCCCACAGCACCAACAGCUGCCUGCACAACAGCUGCGCAACCAGCUGACUCACACAACAGCUGCACCACCAAUUGCCCACAGCAACACCAGCUGCCUCACACAACUUGCUGCCUGCACAAAAGUUGCACCACAAGCUGACCCACACAACAGCUUCACCACCAGCGGCCCCAUAGAACAGUUGCACAACCAGCUGCCUCACACAAAAGAGAGCACCAUCAGCAUCCUCACAGCACCUCCAGCUGCCUCACGCAACAGCUGCGCCACCAGUUGCUCUCACACAAGAGCAGCACCACCAGCAACUGUCUCUCACACAAAGCUGCACCAUCAGCUACCUCACACAACAGCUGCACCACCAACUGCAUCACGGAACAGCAGCACCACCAGCUGUUUUUACACAAGCAGCACCACCAGUUGUCUCACACAACAGCUGCAACAUCAACUGCCUUAUACAACAGCUGCACCGCAAGCUGCCUCACACAUGCUGCACACCAGCUGCCUUAAAAUGUUACACCACCAGCUGCUUCACCGAACAGUUGAACCACCAGCUUCCUCAGAAACAGUCACCACUGGCUAUACAAGGACCACCAGCCUCACACAACAGCAGCACCACCAGCUGCCUUAUACAACUGCAGCACCACCAGCUUCCUCACACAACAGCACUCCAGCUGCCUCAUACAACUGCUGCACCACCAUCUACCUCACAGAACAGCUGCCUUAUGCAACAGCUGCACCACCAGCUGCCUCACACAACAUCAGCACCACCAGCUACCUCGCACAACAGCAGCACUACUAG